GUCGCCCACAGGCUCAAGUCAUGUAUUGCCGUGCUGCCAUCGCGCGAUGGCAAUGACGCAACCUUCGAUAAUCCGUUCGACGAAGGACUAGGUCAAGCUAUAGGAACAGGGAGAGCACAAGAUGACGACGUCGACUGUCGUUUGAUACCCACUCGUCUAGCAUACCACAACGACAUCACAAACCGCCAAGUGUCCAAGGCACGAUGGUCCACCAGGCGCGCGCCUAUGACAACAAGUGGCGACGAGGUGUUCGUGCCUCUCAGUAUAACUCGGUCAAGAUGACCCAUACGAAGCAGUGUGCCGCCGUGUUGAACGACUCGGACCCUCGCGUCGAUAAGAUGUACGUCGACCACGCAUGCGACAACUUCCAUGAACUCCAAGUCCGAGGUCAUCAGCAUCCUUAGCCCAUCGCACUGCCAAGCGGCAUCGACUUCCUCCAAGCGAGGGGACUCCUCUAGCCACCGCGUAUGGUGUGGGGCCACACGACGUGGCAAGAAUUGGCAGAACAUGAUGGAGUCCGCCUUGACCACUACGGGAUCGAUCAACACCGCGUGCACACGAUGCAGCGCGGUGGCCCACGCGACUCAUGCGCAUGAGUCACUCCCCACAAGACAACACGAGCGAUGCACUCAACGAAUGCUGCGAGGACGCGGUCGACCGACCACCAGGGCAGACACGGUGCACUCUGAUUUUCAUGCAAAUUUCUCCACGUCCACGAAAACUCGAGUACACUUUGUGGCCAGCUCUCUCUAUGCGGUCAAGCUAGCUCGUUUGAAUCCCAUGCACAUGUGCGACAACGCGAAAAACGACACCACGUUCGCCGUACCUGUGUGGGACGCACCAGGCUGCCGGAGACUGCAUGUUCGAUGAUCCGACGACUUCCAACCUGUCAUGCAAAUGUACCCAAGGGUAUUAAGUUGCAAUGCCAACGCCCCAUGGCGACGGCCUCAUCCCGCAAUUGCAGCGAAUCCAUUCGUGUCGAGGCCCUACGCUGAGUUGGCAGUGCAUGCGUACCCCGCCGGUGAUGGACUUGCAGUCCUUCCAAGAAGAUAGGUUUGCAGGAAAUAAUGCGGGCUCGCGUUCGACAACGCAGAGACCUUGAUGCCCGUCCAAGAUUCUCGUGAGUUUUUGCACAUUGCGCUGGACUAUCAAGGUUGCAUCAGCGCGCUCA